AGAAGAAGUAAAAGUAAAAGAAGAAUGCGUCGAUUAGGUUAUGUUUGGAAGUAAAAUUACGCCGCUACAACGUUCUACUUUUAAAUUCAUUAGGACGUUUUUAUAAAUUAGAAAAAAUGAAACUCGUAAGGUUUCUUAUGAAGCUCAGUCAUGAAACUGUAACCAUGGAGCUGAAAAACGGCACUCAAAUCCACGGUACCAUUACAGGUGUAGACGUAGCAAUGAAUACGCAUCUCAAAGCAGUAAAACUUACAGUAAAAAACCGCACUGCCGUUACAUUAGACACUUUAACUGUUAGAGGAAAUAAUGUCAGGUAUUACAUACUUCCCGACAGUUUACCCCUCGAAACCCUCUUGAUCGACGACACACCUAAAGCAAAGGCAAAGAAGAAGGAAACUGCACGAGGAGCUGCAAGGGGUAGAGGUAGAGGCCGUGGUAGGGGUGGUCCCCGAGGAAGAGGUAGAGGCAGAGGACGUAGAUAAGAGUCUAAUGAAACAUUUUGAGAUAUUUUUUAUUUUUAUAAGAACUUUUGACCUAUUUUAAUAAUUCAUCCUACAAAACUACCAUAACAGACUUAGUGAAAUAAUUUAAAUAUCCAUAAUCUAAAAUUCCGAGUGUUAGAAUGCCGCGUUUAUUUGUAUAAAAUCAUAGGGACUUGGUUAUUUGUACAUGUUAGCACUAAACUAAAUGCACAUUAGUUUACAGUAGAAAAGAUCAGUGUUAACCCAUUCGCUGCCUGUUGAAGAGGAUGUAACUCAGAUAUGAGCCAUUCUGUUGAAUGGCACCUUACUGAAGUUACCAUAUAACUCGUUGGCACGUGAAUGGCACCUCACUGAAGCAACCAUAUCACACGCUGGCAUGUUAUCAGCAGCAAAUGGGUUAAUCAUAAAAUUAGAUUUUUUUUUUGUUUCAACCAACCAUUUUUUUUUUCGUUUUAGCUUUAAUAUUGAUAAAAUACAACAAAAACAGUGACAAAAAGUGUUAGUUGUAGACUUUUGUGCAUUCAGUGGACGGUGUAAUGCAAGAGAGGCAUAUUUGUUUUGGUAUAAAUAAUUUUUUUUAUGUUUAUUUACCCAGUAACAUCAAUAUUUUGUAAAACAAUUGUACUGGCACUCUUCCUUAUCAAUGUUUGACUGUCUCAUUUUUGUUUUUCAUUAUUACACUACAGUAGAACCCCGAUUAUCCAUGCUCUUCGGGGUCGGACGUUGGCACGGAUAAUUGAAAUGCACGGAUAAUCCAAACAUUUAUUUCUCAUAUAUUAUACAUAUGUACGUAUAUACAUGCAUAUGUACCUACCAUAAAAAGGUAACAGAAAAAUAAAUCUUUCAUUAUGAGUCUCGUUCUUGGUGUAUAGGGUAUAAAUCGAGUGAUUUACGGUGACGCUACUUUGAUAAAACCUCAAAAAUGCAAUUUGAGUAAUAGAAAGUCAUAGCACGGAUAAUCCGCAGCCCGGAUAAUCUGCACACAGAUAAUCGGGGUUCUACUGUAUUUUAAGUGCAGAUUUUUUUUUAUUUAAAACAAAAAGUUGCAUCUUUGUGAAAGAUAUUAGAGAGUUAACGAUUUCAGUAUACUUAAAUGUGAUUAUCAGUACUUACAUAUUGUUCUGAAGCCAUUUUCUUGUGGCAUCUCAUACAAUUCACUAUUUUAUUUAGAAAUAAGCCACAAUUUAAGUUUGAAAUUCAAUUUAUUUGACAUUUCAUGAUGUUUUUAUCCUGGUUUUUUUCCUUGUGAUUUACUAUGGAAUCACUAACACGAGACUUUUACUAUCAUCAUUGAAUGCUAUGAUUAUGCUUCUUUUAAAGACAAGUCACAUGCUAUGUUUUUUUUUUGACAGAUAUUCUUAAGGCCAUCGGUACAUAAUUCGCAAAUAUUUUACGGCUAUCCCUACUUUUUCUGUCUUUACACGGCAAAUUACGUGUAGUAAAAUUCUCACUGGUAUGGAUAUGUAAACUUUACUUGACAAUGUCAUCAUUAACUUUAAAGACGGCUUUUGAAUGUUCUUGGAUAACUGUUACUUGUAUAAUUAAUUGCCUUAAUAAGUAUUAAUUCAGUUAAUUAAUACGAUGAUUGUUUCACUAACUAUGUAUUCAGUGAUUGUAAUAAACUAUGUAUUCAGUGAUUGUAAUAAUUUAUUUACUGUACAACAAAAACUAAUAAUCAAUCGAGAAAAGAGGAAAAAUGAUAAAGUGAUUUUUUAAUAAUAUAUUGUUACUAUGAAACGUUUACAAUUUUGAACAUCUUUAACAACAAAAUACUUGGAUCACUAAAUAAAUCUUGGUGUAUUCUCUGCUUGGAUCUUCCAUAAAUAAUAAACAGUAAACAACUUUUUAUUAAGUUCACGUUUUAAAUCAAUUAUGUAUCAAAUACACUAUCAAUAUUAUUUAAUCAACAACUCAAAAUAUUCCCGAUGCCAUGUCAAAUAUUUCAAAUUUUCACUGUCUGACUGACAAUAUUCUAUUCGACUGAGUGCGUUUUAUGACAAAGAUAGAUUUGGAAAAUAUUACCACGGACAUUGUGUUCAUUUUUUUCGAAUCCUGAAAAAACCAAUAAAUAUUUUUGAAAAACUUAAACGCAGAAUGAAAGACUAAAUUUUUUAUCGAGGGCCGAAAGUUCCUUAGAAUAAAUAAAAAGUUUAUUUUGAAUGAGAUAUUAGAAAUUAAAAAUCACACUCAAUUUUCUCUUAGUUUUUCACCCCUGUAACUUAUUAAAAUAAACAUUAUAGAAUUUCUCAUGGACUUUCGGCCCUUGAUAAUAACGUAAUCUUUCAUUCUCCUUUUAAAUUUUUCAAAAAUACUUAAGUUUUCUCAGGAUUCGAAAAUAAUUAAUUCCGUUUAAAUAGCAUUGGAGCAGAAACUACGUACCCAUCCCCUUAAGUUAAUGUUGGUUUCAUGUAAUCAAAUGAACUAUCUUCCAAUAUAGUUGUCCCAGGAAUGCAACUCAUAAAUAUUGGAAAUAUCAUUUUAAAGUCAUCUACUUUAAAAUAUAUACCUAUGUGUCAAUAUGAAUGAGUCCGAUAAAAUUAAAUUGUUAGAAGAAUUUUAAUCAAGCAACAAAAACAAAAUUUGUUUAAUUUAUUAUUUGAUAACGAUUUCUGAAGGGGAAAGCAAAACGUCAAAUAAAUUGAAUUUCAAACGAAAAUUGUGGCUAACCCAAUAAAAUGUAAAAUACUUACAAGUUUAAAUUUUUAUAAAGAUAGAUAACCUAUUAGUUUUCUGUAGUCAGAAUUAUUUCCAAGUACUGUUUGCAAGCUAUUCAGGAUGCCAUCCAAUGGUAUAUUUAGGGCAGUCAAUUAGGAAAUGGUCUCUAUACUGUCUACUAAAUCACAACUUUGAAUUAGAGCUUUGCUGCCUGAGAAUAGGUGUGAGUGUGUAUACCUACCUACUAUGACCAGUCUGAAACUUGAGAUCUGCUUGUUCACUUACAUCUGCUAAUUCAUUUCCUUUGAUACCAAUGUGGGAAGGUAUCCACAAGAAGUUUACUGUUCCGAGGUUUUCUUGGGCUUUCUGAAGUUCCAAUUGAAGCAUUUAUUUGAAAAACAACACUUGUCCAAAAAUUAAAAUUUUGGCAAAUCGAGAAAACUGCCAAGCUUCAAUUUAAUUCAAAUCUUACUUUUACCAGAGAACAACGACCACAUGUGGUCGUUGUUCUCUGCUUUUACUAAGAUAUUCAUUGGAAGGAAUGUGCAUAUCAAAAUAAUUGUACAAGUUGGUUUUGUAUUUUUAUUGAUAUUUUAAGGAAAAAUAGGUACAAACUUAGCAAAAUAUAUUAGAAAAUAUAGAGGUAUUGUGUUUUACGUGCGUAGGAAGUGCACACACAUUCUUUUUUUUUUAAAUAAUUUUAGCAGAAUUAAUACACUAUUUUGUAGAGCUUCAAAAACAUUUGUAACUGACCAAAUAAGUUAUUAUACUAAUUUUAACGGUUUUUGAAUUAAACCCGAAUAAGUUCUAACUCAAAUUUUAAACAUUGUUUUCUCGAUACUUUGUUUUUUUGACUUAUGACACUGUUUGAGCGGAGGUGCGACAUGUUAAAAUAAAUAUUCGUAAAGGUCCGCUUGCCACUAUGCUAAAUUUAGUACUGAAAUUAGUACUAAAAAUAUUGUAUCUACAAAUUAGAUGCGCGCGCCGAUUUAGUACUAAAAAUUAAAACAUGUUCUAAUUUCUUGUACUAAAAUUGACACAAUAUUAAAAAGUGAGGAUAUAUUGUAUAUUACUUUGGUUUUGUUUAUACAUAAUAGAAGUGUAUCGUUUUUUUUUCUUAAUUGCUAGGAUCAUUGUAAUUACAACUGCUGCACAUAAUUUCAGCUUUCGCUUCCUGUUAUUGUUCGCAUUCAUUAUUUGCCUCUUUAGCUCUUUAUUUUGUUUACAUACUCAAAAAUAGGAUUAGAAAGGUUUAAAAUACUUCUUCAACAUCAAUAUUAUCAAUAUAAAAUUAGUAGAGCGCAUGCCUACAUGCUGAUUAUAAUUCGGAUAGUUGCAAACACAAACUGACAUUUUUCAUACUAAAUCGACUCGCGCAACUAACCAAUAUUUUUAGUACUGAAAUCAGUACUGAAAUUAGUAUAAUGGCAAACGGGUCUAAUUUCUUGUACUGAAAUUGACACAAUAUUAAAAAGUGAGGUUGUAUUGUAUAUUAGGUACUUUUGUUUUUUUAUAGGUACAUAAUAAUAAUAGUGAUUUCAACUUUCAACAUGUGGAGAAAAAGGCAGAUUGAAACAUUAAUAGAGUUUUACAAAUCGAAUCAAUGAUCAAUGUUUGUAUGUGCCAAAGCACCCUCUCUAUAGAAUAGGAACGCACGAAUUAAAGUUUUGGAAGAAAUAAAGGCAGAAUUAGCCAAACUAGGUGUGGAUAUAUCUCUAAUAGCAGAAAUAAAAGCCAAGUUUGCCAGUUUUGCAAAAAUACUUCUUCCCAUCUUUUAUUGUUAAUAAGUUAAUGGCUUGCAACUUGCAAUCUCAAUUAGUAAAGCUCCUAUCUAUGAACCUUGAGUAAAGCUCAUGUAAAUUUAGUAGGUAGAGCGCAUGCCUAUAUGCUGAUUACAAUUCGGAUAGUUGCAAACACAAACUUGGCACAAACUGACUUUUUCAUACUAAAUCGACUCGCGCAACUAACCAAUAUUUUUAGUACUGAAAUCAGUACUGAAAUUAGUAUAAUGGCAAACGGGUCUAAGAUAGUAAUAUGACAUCUACAUCAGUAAAAAAUAUCAAAGACAAAUUGAGGCAGAAAAGUUGUAUGGGAAAUGUGUCAGUUAUUGCAUUGAAGGUGUUAACAGUUUUUGUCUAGAUUUAUUGUGGAUCUUGAUAUGGCAGAAUGCCAUUUGUCAAACGAUAAUCUGUUUAUUUUUUGUGUGUUCUAUGAAAUAAUUAGUUCAGAUAUGUGGAUAGUUAUGUUACAUAUUUGGAAAAUAUUAAUAGUUUGAUGUAAAGAAUAAUAGUCAGGAUGUAAUUAAGUUUGUAUGAAAAAUAUAUCAAAACAUUGUACUUGGAUAUGGAAUGAGAAUAAAACCAUUUUGAAGUGCA